GUGUCGAAGUCAUCCCCUUCACGAGCUGUCAUGUCUUAAAAAAAAAUAAUAACCCCGAGAUCAGUAAUCCCACCCCCAAUAAAGAGUAAUUCAAAUGUAGACAUUGACAAAUACGAAAGUUUUGAAAUUUUUUUGUCGACAAGCAAAAAACUGCGUGAGCAUAUCGAGACAAUUAUUUUUAAUAUUCAGUUGUGCGUAAAAUAUCAGGUGAAAUCUUGUGUCAAAAAAAAAAAAAGUAGUAACAAUGAAUCUGGCUGUCAUCGAGAAGACCGUUCGCAAUUAAACCAUGAAAUCACCACCCAGUUUGCCAGCAGUGGAUGACAGUGAUUCGUCGGACAGUUCGGAAACCGAAAGGGUGCCGGUCAAAAAGGCUCUGAAAGAGAAAUCGUCAAAAAGGUCGUUAGGUGACAGGAAAAGUUCGUCGAAACCUCGAAGCAGCGUCGGUUCCUCCACGGACAUAGCACCGAGGAAAAGACGAAAGAAAAUCGUCUCGGUUUGCCUAACUAACUGUCGUUACGAUGUGGUAAGGCGAGUGUGCGCCAAACUUGGUUUCAAGGAAGUCGGGGAACAUGACAACUGGAAUUUAUACUGGACAGACCUGUCGAUAUCGAUCGAGAGAUGCAAAGAGAUGAAACGUUUCCAAAAGAUCAACCACUUCCCCGGCAUGCUCGAGAUAUGUCGGAAAGAUCUCCUCGCACGAAACCUCAACAGGAUGCAGCGUUUGUUUCCGAAAGAUUUCACCUUCUUCCCGAAGACGUGGUGCUUACCGGCCGACCUCGGCGACGUCCUGACCUAUUCCCGACUGCGAAAGAACAAAACCUUCAUCCUUAAACCGGACGCCGGAAGCCAGGGCAAAGGAAUUUUCAUCACAAGGAAUUUAAGGGAGAUAAAGCCAUCCGAACGGAUGAUCUGUCAAGUUUAUAUAACGAGACCUUUCCUAAUCGACGGUUACAAAUUCGAUCUUCGAGUGUAUACUCUCAUCACCACGUGUGACCCCUUGAGGGUCUACAUUUACAACGAGGGACUGGUACGGUUUGCUACCAGUCGCUACAAGGAACCGUCCAGCGUCAAUGUCAGCAAUAUUUUUAUGCAUCUGACAAAUUAUGCCGUCAACAAGCACAGCAGAACGUACUGCAUCGAUUCGCAAGCGGGCAGCAAGAGAAAACUGAGCUGGUUCAACGAGUACAUGACCAAUUGCGGCUACGACGUUUCCAAACUUUGGAAGAAGAUCGACGACGUAAUAAUAAAGACAGUCAUAAGUGCGUGUCCCAUCCUAAAGCACAGUUACAUGGCGUGUUUUCCGAACCAUGACGUGCUGCCGGCAUGUUGCGAACUACUGGGGACCGACAUCCUCCUCGACAGGCGACUGAAUCCUCAAAUUCUUGAGGUGAACCACUCCCCGAGUUUCCAUACCGAUACCGAGUUGGAUUGCUCGGUUAAGGAGUCGCUCUUGGAAGACAUGUUUCGCAUGAUGAACUUGGAGAAGUGCGACAAGCAUAAGAUAAUGCGAGAAGACAGGAAGAGGGUUCGCGAGAGGUUGCUGCAAGGUCUGACCAAAGAACCGCCGAGGCCGCACGAUCCAAAACGGUUCAACGAAUCGUUAAGACACGAAAUGGAAAACAGAGGAAACUUUAGGUUGGUGUACCCGAAUGCUGGUAACGAACACGUUUAUGCCAGAUUCUUCAAUCAACUCCAGGGAUCGAGUUUGUACAUGGACACGGCGGCUAGUAAAGCGCGGGAAUCGGCGGCCACCCAACUCAGGGACGAGAUGACCUUGAGAGCUAAAGCGGAGGCAGCCAAACGCGUACAGCCGAUGACGUCAAAAUCCCAGAAGGAAUCCUCGAAGCCCCCAACACCGUCUUUUGUUCCCAAAAGGAGUAUUCCGCUGUGUGUAACCAGGAACUCCUUUGAACCACAGGUAAUUGUCGAAGCGGAAGAGAAAGCCCGUCUGGCAAGACUGGAAGAAAGGGCCGCUUUGAUGAAAGCCUACGGGCUUCUGGAAUAUUUGUACUUAUCCAUGAAGAAAAAUGGAGUGUUGAGACCGCAAGACGAAAAGAGAUUCGCUGUCUUCAAUAAAGUCAAUAAGGGUAGCGCCAAAGGGGGUAGCGGUACAUCGAGGAAAAAACCGGAAAUCACGGAUCUUCUGGAAGACAUUACCGCGGGAAAAAUGAACCUGCCCGGUUAUAUUGGGAGAAAAUCGGAAGACAGACCAAACAAGACCAACGUACUCGGAAUGGGAGACUUUACAUCACUGAAGUCGUCGUAAGAUUUGGAUACGACACGCAGAAAGGAUUUUGUUUUAUUUUUAUUAUAUGCCCAGGCAAGAACGUCGAGGAGUUUUUAUUAAAUCUUAUUUUUAUGUAGCAACUGUGAUUUUUCACUCACUUUUUACUAAUAGAACGUGU